AGCCAUUUAGGCUCAAGUCGUGAUUCCUCUCUUGCUGGGACCCAUCGGGGCUCACGCCGUCGUAUUCCAACCCGCAGUCAGAUGUUCAAUAUCCAGCGAGGGUCGCGAGAAGGCGCCUCUUCCUUGGACGUGGCAUUACGCAAGUGUGGUCAUGCAAAACAGUGGAGCGAGGCGCUGCACUUGCUUCGCGAAGUGUUUCAAGCACGCCUGCAAUUCACGCCAACCCACUACUCCGCUAUUGUCAGCAUGUGCAGAAACUCCGGGCAGUGGCAGCAUGCCCUGUCUCUGUUCUAUGAGCUGUUGGAGUCGAACAUGAAGCCCGACGUCGUCAGCUACAACGCUGGAAUCAGCGCGUGCGAGCAAGGCAAGCAGUGGCAGCGAGCUCUAGGACUGCUCAGCGAGUUGCGUGAGGUGAAGCUCGAGCCCACCUUUAUCAGCUACAACGUUGGGAUCAGCUCGUGCGGGACAGGCGAGCAGUGGCAGCGGGCUCUAGGACUGCUCAGCGAGAUGCGUGAGGUGAAUGUCGAGCCCACCUAUACCUCAGCUACACCUCUGGGAUCAACGCGUGCGUGAAGGGCAGGCAGUGGCAGUCUGCUGUGGCGCUGCUCAGCGAGAUGCGAGAGGUGACCUUGGAGCCAGACGCCAUCAGCUACUCCGGUGGGAUCAGCGCGUGCGAGAAGGGCGAGCAGUGGCAGUGGGCUUUGGCGCUGCUGGGUGAGCUGCGGGAGGCGAAGCUGGAGCCUGACGUCUCAACUACAACGGUGGGAUCAGCGCGUGCGAGAAAGGAAAGCAGUGGCAGCGGGCUCUAGGACUGCUCAGCGAGAUGCGUGAGGUGAAGCUCGAGCCCACCUUUAUCAGCUACAACGCUGGGAUCAGCGCGUGCGAGAAAGGUAAGCAGUGGCAGCGGGCUCUAGGACUGCUCAGCGAGAUGCGUGAGGUGAAGCUCGAGCCCACUUUUAUCAGCUACAACGCUGGGAUCAGCGCGUGCGAGAAAGGAAAGCAGUGGCAGCGGGCUCUAGGACUGCUCAGCGAGAUGCGUGAGGUGAAGCUCGAGCCCACCUUUAUCAGCUACAACGCUGGUAUCAGCGCGUGCGACAAAGGCAAGCAGUGGCAACGGGCUCUAGGACUGCUCAGCGAGAUGCACGAAGUGAAGCUCGAGUCCACUUCCGUCAGCUACACUUCUGGGAUCAGCGCGUGCGAAACAUGCAAGCAGUGGCAGCGGGCCUUAGGACUGCUCAGCGAGAUGCGCGAAGUGAAGCUCGAGCCCGAUUUUGUCAGCUACGCCGCCGGGAUCAGCGCGUGCGAGAAAGGUAAGCAGUGGCAGCAGGCUCUAGGACUGCUCAGCGAGAUUCAGCUACAACGCUGGGAUCAGCGCGUGCGAGAAAGCGAGAUGCGUGAGGUGAAGAUCGAGCUCAAUUCAGUCAGCUACAGCGCUGGGAUCAGCGCGUGCGAAAAAUGCAACCAGUGGCAGCGGGCUCUAGGACUGCUCAGCGAGAUGCGUGAUGUGAAGAUGGAACCCUGUGUCACCAGCUUCACCGCUGGAAUGAGUGCGUAUGUGAAAGGCGGGCAGUGGGAGCGGGCCUUGGGUCUGAUCAGCGAGAUGCAUGCGGCGGAUGUGCAGCCCACUUUUGUCAGCUACACCGCUGGGAUUCGCGCAUUUGGGCAGAUCGAGCAGUGGCAGGUGGCCUGUUCGUUGCUAAGCGAGGUAUGGGAGGCGAGGAUGAAGCCCACCGUCACCUGCUGCACUAUUGGGAUAACGGCAUGUGGAAAACAAGGGGAGUGGCAGCACGCGCUGUCGUUAUUCAUGAAGAUGCAGCACGACAGCCUGGAACCAACUCAAUACAGCUAUACUGGUGUCAUCUCAGCGUUAGGUCGCCGUGGGAAGUGGCAGCAUGCCUUGUCGAUGUUCUUGCACUCGUGGCAGGACAAUGUGGGUCCAGAUGCAUUCAGCCUCAGUGCCACAAUCAGGGCGCUUGUCGUGGGUCUGUCUCGCAGUCCCGCAAAACAAAGGGUGCCUCAAUACGCAAUAGACAUGCCGAGAACUUCAAACCUAUGGAGUCCGUAGGACAGCGCUACAGUAAGCACAUCAAAUAAGACACUGGUCUGCCAGCAGAUGCCCCUCGGAAAUGUCCGAACCUUCGAUGGCCCCAGGAAGCCAUGGACGCCAUGGGGUGCGGUACCACAGGAAGGUGAGAGGUCGGCGUCA